AGGAGUGAAGAGGAGAAGGGAGGGGUGCUAGCUGCUAACGUGGCGGAGAAGGAGGGAGAGAAGGGGGCUAUGCCAUCGGCGCAGAGCAACAUUGGAGAUCAGCGCCAGACGCCAAACCCUCGGAGAGGCAGACAGAGCUCCUUUUCCCAUGAGAGAGGACGUACGAGAGGAGCAAGAGAAGGAGCGAAGUAGCAGAAAAGGAAGCGAAGGAGGAACAAUAAGGGGAGGGAACUCCAUCCACGCCUUCUAUCCUCAGCACCUACUUGCUACUCACUGUGUUGUGCAGUCUACUGUUGCUUCACUGGACUCCCUCAGACAGCCUUAGCACAGCAGAGCGUACGGUUCACACGAGUAGAGCAACUGUAAGGCUGGGUUUCUAUGGGGGUGUCAGAGGAAGCUGUCAGCAGUCGUCAUCAUUAAGGGUUCAUCCAAGGCAAGACCUGACGCAUCAUUAUUUCCUCUUCGGAGGAAUAUCCAUAGUGGAUAAGUCAUUAUCUCCGUCUCAGUAGGACCAUCUCAAAGGAAGAUACCAAGAGUUUGGGUUUGUUGUUGAUGACUGUAUUCACCACGUUAGCUUCUGGAGAAUGAAAGUGGACACCCACACUUGGAUCUACCUUCUCCAAUCCUCAUUCCAGGACCCCACAUCUACAGCUACGCCAUAUGGAAACGAUCUAAGAAGGUCAAGGUUUUUUUGAGUUCUUCAGUCCAUAAGGUUGCGAUUGGGCUACUUCUCGGGAAAGGACUCUACGAGUUCUUCCGGCUACCUUUCGGUCUUAGUUUCGCGCCCCUCACGGCGCUAGCCAUGACGCCCAUGCAGAAGCUCCUCCAGUUGCCGGUGAACGCAAUGAAUAUGGUGAAGACUGCGCAGGACCAGAUGGGGCAGCAGGAUGAGGCGAAAAGCCCUGUGAUGACCCCGGAUGGCGGAAACCAUAACUGGUAUAACGGGGAGCCCAACGACCCGCGCCACAUCCGGUUCGGCAGCGGAGGUGGAGACCAGGAGGAGCGGGCCCACCUGGAGGAAGGGGGAGGCAGUUUAUCCAGCCUUGUGACCCAGCCUUUGCGACAUGAUGACUUGAAGGAGAUGCUGGACAGCAACAAAGACUCCCUGAAGCUGGAAGCUAUGAAGAGGAUUGUGGCUAUGAUCGCCAGAGGGAAGAAUGCCUCAGACCUCUUCCCAGCCGUGGUGAAGAAUGUGGCCUGCAAGAACAUCGAGGUGAAGAAGCUGGUCUAUGUGUACCUGGUGCGCUAUGCUGAGGAGCAGCAGGAUCUGGCUCUGCUGUCCAUCUCAACCUUUCAGAGAGGCCUGAAGGACCCUAACCAGUUGAUCCGGGCCAGUGCUCUGCGUGUGCUGUCCAGCAUCAGAGUCACCAUCAUCGUUCCUAUCAUGAUGCUGGCCAUCAAAGAGGCUGCCUCCGACAUGUCCCCCUAUGUGAGGAAGACGGCCGCUCACGCCAUCCCCAAACUCUACAGCUUGGACCCAGAGCAGAAGGACUGUCUGAUUGAGGUCAUUGAGAAGCUCCUGGCUGAUAAAACCACACUAGUGGCAGGUAGUGUUGUCAUGGCCUUUGAGGAGGUGUGUCCUGAGCGCAUAGACCUGAUCCAUAAGAACUACCGUAAGCUGUGUAACCUGCUGAUCGACGUGGAGGAGUGGGGUCAGGUGGUCAUCAUCAACAUGCUCACGCGCUACGCCCGGACGCAGUUCCUCAACCCCAACAUGAACGAAUCCCUGUUGGAGGAGGGUGGUGGAGAGAACGCCUUCUAUGGCACUGAUAAUGAUGAUGACACCGAAGAUGAGGAAGACGAGGAGAAGGAGAAGAAGAAGACUGAGGCGACUGCCAUUGUCAAGAGGAAGCCUUACGUCAUGGACCCAGACCACCGGCUACUGCUGAGGAAUACCAAGCCCCUACUGCAGAGCCGAAACGCAGCAGUGGUGAUGGCUGUGGCUCAGCUAUAUUUCCACCUGGCACCCAAAGCGGAGGUAGGCGUCAUUGCCAAGGCUCUGGUGCGCCUCAUGAGGAGUCACAGUGAAGUGCAAUAUGUCGUCCUUCAGAAUGUGGCAACGAUGUCCAUCAAGAGAAGGGGGAUGUUUGAGCCCUAUCUGAAGAGUUUCUACAUCCGCUCCACAGACCCAACCCAGAUUAAAGUCCUCAAGCUGGAGGUUUUGACCAAUUUGGCCAACGAGACAAACAUAUCCACCAUCCUGAGAGAGUUUCAGACGUACAUUAAAAGCAAUGAUAAAGAUUUUGUGGCUGCUACCAUCCAGGCCAUCGGCCGCUGUGCCACCAACAUUGGGGAGGUGAGGGACACCUGUCUCAACGGCCUGGUGCAGCUGCUCUCCAACCGCGAUGAGUUAGUGGUGGCCGAGUCAGUGGUGGUGAUUAAGAAGCUGCUGCAGAUGCAGCCCGAGCAACACAGUGACAUCAUCAAGCACAUGGCCAAACUCACCGACAACAUCCAGGUGCCCAUGGCGCGGGCCAGUAUCCUGUGGCUGAUCGGGGAGUACUGCGAGCACGUUCCCAAGAUCGCUCCGGAUGUCCUGAGGAAGAUGGCCAAGACCUUCACCAACGAAGAAGACAUCGUCAAGCUGCAGAUCAUCAACCUGGCUGCCAAGCUCUACCUGACCAACUCCAAACAGACAAAACUGCUCACUCAGUACGUGCUGAACCUGGCCAAGUACGAUCAGAACUAUGACAUCCGUGACCGGGCGCGCUUCAUCCGCCAGCUCAUUGUGCCCACUGACAAGAGUGGUGCCCUCAGCAAGUAUGCCAAGAAGCUGUUCCUGGCCCUCAAGCCUGCGCCCAUCCUUGAGUCUCCAUUUAAAGAUCGAGACCACUUCCAGCUGGGCUCGUUGUCCCACCUGCUGAAUGCCAAGGCUGGCGGCUACCAGGUGCUGCCCGACUGGCCCGAGGCCGCCCCAGACCCCUCUGUGCGCAACGUGGAGGUGAAGGAGUCUGUGCGUGCAGUGGAAACAGUAACAGCCAGAGACAGGGGGCCUCUAGGGGCCCCCCAAAACCCGAGGGGAGCCCGAGGGGCACUCCUCUAGUAGGGCAAUGCCUUGGAGGGGGCGCAACACCACCACCAAAUUGCAGUAGCACCCAAACACUGACACAUAACACUGACUUCAUUAAUCAUGACCACCUGCCAGUCAUUCACUGGUCACUCACUGUUCAUCAGCAUAACGUCAUCCUCAUAUGCACUACGCACAUCCCUAUUGUCUCCCAUGCAUUGUCAAUGGGAUGCUGCUGCCGCACAUACUGCCAUUGGUGCCAGAAUGUGUCCUGUAAAGGGUUAAUUCUGUAUUGGUCAAGUUCAAGGACCCAGAUUCAUGAACUGUAUGGUAUGCCCAAUAAACAUUAUUACGUAACAGCUAAUAACGUAACAGAAUGAAUCUGAAAUUGACUCGGUAACAGGAAUGACCAGUCCCAGCGUCAACUCCGAUCAACUGGUAACAGAGUGGAGUAUUGUUAUGCUAAUGACAGCUGAGGCUAGUUAGCUAUCACCUCUGAGCACAUGCGCACACUAGUGAAAUUGGGAAAUCACUGUCAGGCGUCCGCUAGUAAACUCUAGCUGGCCUAGCUGUGGCUUACUGGCCAAGUUUAUCCAAUACUAUGCUACCCAUUAGACCCCUCGCUGCUCUGGCCUCUCUAGGGUAGCAAACACCCCUAGUUUUCUUCUGUUUGAUGCCUAAUGAAAACGACCCAGCAAAUGUACUGUUACUAAAACACACCACACAGACUCAAAUUACCACCAUGCAGUAUAGUCUCGCCAAACUCCUCUAAUUACCCAAACCACAGAGGCUCCCUUUUCGCCACACCUAUCAUUCCAUGACAUCAAAUCAAUAUCCUUAAGUCUCGCUCCUUACAUCCAAACCCUUGCGCUGGAGGAGUGAUUAGAAUUCUUGAUUUGAGAUUGGUUGUUCCAUUGGGUUAUCGUUGCUCCGUGAACGGUUUAUGUUUGUUUUAAAAAUGGUAUUUUCAUUCCCAAUGGUUCUGCAUUCAUGUGUAAUUCAUGACCAAAGCAGAUUUCCAGACGAGGUCACAUGUGGAUUUGUAUCUGGUGACUUUUGACCUUUUGACCCCAUGACCUCUCUCUCUCUGCCCUCGGUCCGCAGAUAGAGGAGGUCAUAACCAGCAGUGAGGGGCGGAUCGGCUUGCUAGGAGACAGGCGAGAGGUGCCGUCCGUUUGAGAGUGCAGUGUGUUUUUACUGACUGCUCUACUCUCUCUCUAGUUUCUCUGUACCACUCAAACUCAAACAGGGCGCUUCAGUAAUUUAAAGAGCGAGUUCAUCCAAAUGACUAAUUCCAGACACUUGAAGGGAUAGUUUGCCCAAAUAACUAGCUGAUCUUAUCGUAUGGAUAGUCUAGCUACACUCUUAGAAAAAAAGGUGCUAUGUAGAACCAUACAGGGUUC